GAUCAUUGCUAUGGCUGUUAUAACGGUGGAACGUGUGUGACGUCAUCCUCCGGGCAUAAGUGCUCGUGCAUAUUUGGAUACAAGGGGGACCACUGUGAAAAACGAGUAAAUCAAGACUGCUCGACCCUACAAGCAGCAGGGUACCACGAGAACGGAGUGUACUCAAUUGACCCAGACGGUAAAGGCGAAUUCGCCGUCCUUUGCGACAUGAAAACUAAUGGGGGUGGAUGGGUUGUCAUCCACAAGCGCUUUGACGCGUCGGUCAGUUUUAACCGCGUCUGGAAAGAAUACAAGAAAGGUUUUGGAGUMAUGAAAACUGGUGAAUUCUGGCUUGGAAAUGACUUUAUUCAUCGCUUAACCGCAGCCAAACCAACACAGGUAUACAUUGAAUUGGAAGACACCAACGGACUUCGCAGCUAUGCCAAGUAUUCGUCGUUCAACGUAAAGAGUGAGAGCAAUUUGUAUCGCUUAGACGUCUCGGGGUAUUCAGGUACAGCUGGUGAUGCAAUACACCAUCCAACACAUCCAUCUUGGAGGUCGAACGGUAUGGCCUUUAGUACUCCAGAUCGGGAUAAUGACAAGUACAGCGCGGGAAAUUGUGCUGCUGAUUCUUCUAGAUCUUGUGGAUGGUGGUUCAAUUGGUGCGCCUCAGCGGUAUUAACCAGCACCAAUAUGGAAUGGAUGACCCUUUCAAACCAAAACAUCAAAAAGGCGUCCAUGAAAAUUAAACCUACAUCUUAGGUACAGCACUUACCCGCUUAUAAGAACCWGCAAUUUAAGAACCUGUUAGCCUAAAAAUGUCAAUUUAAACCCCAUUUACAUAAGAACCUAUAGCCUCAAACUUUAAACAGGUUCUUGUAGAUAAAUUCUUACGGAAAUCAACCUAAAAAGAGUUUUUAUGUAAAAAAAACUCAAACUGUAAUGAACUUGAACAUGUAUACACUCCUAAAUUUGGCAUAAAUAAUGUUUAAAAAGCUUGUAAAUUUUCAUUACAUAAGGGAUAAAUAUACCGGAACCUACAUUUAAGAAACUGCGUAGCCUAUAAUUUCACUAAGCACCAUUUAUAUAAGAACCCGUUUGGUCUAAAUUUAAAAAAGAUGGGUUCUUAUAAGCGGGUAAGUACUGUAGUAUCCUUCACAGGAGACUCUUUAUUUCGAUCUUCAUGGGUGACGCAGUUCCAUAAGAGUCCUAUCAGAAAACAGGUAGCAAAACGAUCAAGAGACGGUUGAGGAGGAGGCCUUGUGCAUAAAAGAAAAUGGCAAACUAAUAUAGAGACUUUUCAAUGAUGACCGUGAGAUUGUGGACAAACUAACCUUAUAGCUGCAUCCUAUCAUUAAUACUAAUUACUUAUUGCCUUACAUCAGUUCAUUUUAUAUUUCAUAAGUGUGCCAUGUUCCACCUUUACCUUUGAUCCAUGUCGCUUGUUAGGUCUUAGUACCAUCACCAAUAGGAAUUCUGCUUCUAAUGUCAAACGAAGCUAAGUAAAUAGGAAUCGGACUAAAUUUCAGAUAGAAAAUACCUUGUAAAAAUCUUUAGAGAAUUAGUUGAAUAAAGCUCAAUC